AUGGACUCGGCCCUGCUCAGCGGCGGUAUUGCUAAUGAAGGAGAGGAAUAUGAAUGCUCUGAAAGGAAGGGACAAUGUUCUGCCAGAGGCACAGAAGAAAUUAACAGCUCUUGCUCUGGGACAACUGCUGACAUUCUCUCAAAUACACCUGCAUUGCCAGAAUCAUGUAAGACUCUUCGCUAUCAAGGAGGUGUCUUGCCAGGAGUGAGAGAAGAGCAGAAGAAAGACAAAGACUCCUCCUGGGAUUCUGAGACUGAUUCCAAAGGUCAAGGGAAAGUGUUGCCCAACUUGACACUUCGUGCUGCAGUGGGCAAGAGUUUGGAUGCGCGCUCUGUUGCAGUGGAGCACGGCAAAGGGGUCUUGCCAGCAGCAGGAGAAGAGCAGAAGGAAGACAAUGACUCCCCCUGGGAUUCUGAGACUGAUUCUGACGGUCCCUGGGAUGUGUCGAAAAAUGUGCUGCUUCCUGCUGCAUUCGGCAAUAGAUUGGACGCGCGUGCUGUGUUAGUACGGAGCGGCAAAGGGGCCUUGCCAGCAGCAGAAGAGCAGAAGGAAGACAAUGACUCCCCCUGGGAUACUAAGACUGAUUCCAAAGGUCAAGGGAAAGUGUCGACCAACUUGACACUUCGUGCUGCAGUGGGCAAGAGUUUGGAUGCGCACUCUGUUGCAGUGGAGCAUGGCAAAGGUAAUUUCAGAGGGACUAAAUGGUUACCUUUGUAAAGUUCUCUGGGGUGACAUGGCUGGGGAGAAAGCAGAGUGAAAUAAGCCCUCAGAGUAAUGACAUGCCUCUUACGUCUUU